AGCAACGGCUUCUUCUUCCUAGAGUCUCAGUGCAGCUGAGGCCAGAGUUAAGGAACAGAAUCUUGCUGAGCCCUGCAUAGGCCCUCACCCUGAGGUCAGGAAGUUUGGAGAAUGAGGCCUUUCAGCCCUGAGGUUUCCCUAGAACUGCCCUGUGCCAUGGCAGCCCACCUGCUUCCCAUCUGCACCCUCUUCCUGAACUUGCUCGGCAUGGCCAAAGGCUCCAGGGACCCCGUGGUACCCAACCGGCCCUUCACCACCAUCUGGAAUGCAAACACCCAGUGGUGUCUAGAGAGGCAUGGCGUGGACGUGGAUGUCAGUGUCUUUGAUGUGGUGGCCAACCCAGGGCAGACCUUCCGUGGCCCUGACAUAACCAUUUUCUACAGCUCCCAGCUGGGUACCUACCCUUACUACACUUCUGCUGGGGAGCCCGUAUUCGGUGGCCUGCCCCAGAAUGCCAGCCUGGCUGUCCACCUGGUCCGCACAUUCCAGGACAUCCUGGCUGCCAUGCCUGCAUCCAACUUCUCAGGGCUGGCAGUUAUUGACUGGGAGGCAUGGCGCCCACGCUGGGCCUUCAACUGGGACACCAAGGACAUUUACCGGCAGCGCUCACGGGCACUGGUACAGGGGCAGCACCCUGACUGGCCAGCUCCUUGGGUGGAGGCAGCAGCUCAGGACCAGUUCGAGGGGGCUGCGCGGGCCUGGAUGGCAGGGACCCUAAGGCUGGGACAAGCACUGCAGCCUCGUGGUCUCUGGGGCUUCUAUGGCUUCCCUGACUGCUAUAACGAUGACUUUAAAAAUCCCAACUACACCGGCCAGUGCCCACCAGGCAUCCGUGCCCAGAAUGACCAGCUGGGGUGGCUGUGGGGCCAGAGCCGUGCCCUCUACCCCAGCAUCUACCUGCCUGCAGCACUGGAGGGCACGAAGAAGGCACAGAUGUUUGUGCAGCACCGUGUGGGUGAGGCAUUCCGUUUGGCCGAGGAUGCAGGGUACCCUGAUCUGCCAGUGCUGCCCUAUGUCCAGAUCUUCUACGACAUGACUAACCGUUUUCUGCCCCUGGAGGAUCUGGAGCACAGCCUGGGGGAGAGUGCAGACCAGGGGGCAGCAGGAGUGGUGCUCUGGGUGAGCUGGGAGAACACAAGAACCAAGCCAGAGGUGACCCUGAGAUCCAACCUGGCCAAGCUGAUCCUGGAUCCUACACACCAGCCAGAUCUGACCCUGAGCCCCAGGCUAGCUGAGUUGACCCUGGGUUCUGCAUGCCAUCCAGAGAUGACCCUCAGUCCUGGCUCAACUGAGCUGAUCCUGGAUCCCGCACGCCAGCCAGAGGAGACCCCAGCCCCCAACCUGGCUGAGCUGACCCUGGAGCCUGUGCACUGCCGACCUGAGCUCCUGGAUGCCUGUGCCGACCUCAUCAAUGAGCAGUGGCCCCGCAGCCACGCCUCCCGCCUGCACUCCUUGGGCCAGUCCUCAGAUGCCUUCCCCCUCUGCUUGAUGCUGCUGAGCCCCCGUCCCACACCAGAGGCAGCCCCCAUUGUGGUGGGCCAUGCCCGCCUGUCACGGGUGCUGGACCAGCCCCAGAGCCUCCUAGUGGAGACGGUGGUGGUGGCCCGAGCCUUGAGGGGCCGUGGCUUUGGCCGCCGCCUCAUGGAGGGCCUCGAAGCCUUUGCGCAGGCCCGGGGCUUCCGCCGGCUACACCUCACCACCCAUGACCAGCUGCACUUUUAUGCCCACCUGGGCUACCAGCUGGGUGAGCCUGUGCAGGGCCUGGUCUUCACCAGUCGGUGGCUGCCUGCCACCCUGCUCAAUGCCUUCCCCAGGGCCCCCUUUCCCCGGCCACCCUGCAAGGCCCCUAGCCUGACUGCCCAAUCUGCCCCAAGAGCCCCCAAGGGGUCAUCAUUGCCGCCACCCCCACCCCUGCCUGAGCCCUUGACCAUCCUACCCCCACCUCCAGGAGGGCCCCCUCCACAAAGCCUGCUGGAGACUCAAUACCAAGACCUGAGAAGACGCCCCAUAUUCUGGAUGGAGAAAGACAUCUGAAGGCUACCCAGGGCAAGAUGCUGUCUUUCUGGGUCAGUUGACUGCCCAGGACAGUACCAGCUUCAGCCCACUGGCCAUCUCUCAGCUUCUAGCCCCUGAGGGCAGCUUCAGCCUAGGAAUGUUUCCUGAGUGCCAGUGGAGAUGGCGCCAUGGCUGUGGCUCAGAGCUCUCAGUGUGGCUGAAUAAAGGCUUCUGUUGGGUGUGGUUGUGACAGUGUAUUUGUUGACCCCCCAUCCUCAUCUCCCAGCCUUGUCUCAGGUCCUCUGUCCCUGCAGGGGCCCUCAGAUCCACCUCGGCCUUAGGGCCAUGGGUGGAGGGACACCUGCCUUUUACCUCUCUCACUCUGCCAGGCCCAGGGGACAAGGAGACAUUCACUCAUCACCAUUCACUGAGUACCUGCUGUGUUACAGGCCCUGGAUUGGGCACAGGCAGUGGGGAAAUAGACAGAUAGGGUCUCAACCCAAGGGACAGGGCAGGCAUACUGUGGCAGGAUCCAUGCUGGGACAGUGGGAACUCAAGUUUCCUCACUCCAGUUGGAGAUCUGGGAGACCUCCCAGGGCAGGUGAAGUCAUAGCAGAGACCUGAGUGCUGAGUAGAAAUUAAGCCAGGCAAGGUGGGGGCUGAGUGUUCUUGGGGCAGGAAACAAAAUGGGCAGAGGAAAGAAAGGAAUUUGUGAAAGCUGUAGGUGGGGAAGGUGUCAGAGGGCACGGUGGUGCCAUGGCAGAAGUGGACCAUACAGAAGGGCAGCUGCCCAAGCCAGCUUGGGUUGUGGCUGCUCUGAGAGGCGUAUGAGACCCCUUGGGAACCAGGCUUUACGCACCUCCCUUUCUUGUGAGGAGGAGCUGGAGGAGUUUUCCCAGCUUUCUCUGCUGUGUGGAAGGUGUGGCCAUGGCCAUGGAGUCUAAACUCACACUCCCUCUC